UAGUACAGUUGCGCUCAAUACGCACAUUCAGCACCAAGAAAACAAAAAUGUUGUAAUAACUAAUCUAGGAAAGGAGAAGUGUAAACCGUGGCACUUCACCAAUAACCAUGUCGCAGAGCUGAUCUAAUUUAUCUGAGAUGUCAAACUGUGUUCCGCAGAGCAAAUUAAAGAGGAUUUGUGUAGCUCAAAUUUUUUUCCAUGGAUAGGAUGUAUGGCUUUGGACUUCGUAUCGCACUGGUGGUGGCACUAAAUUUGAAAAUCCUUAGGGCAGCAUCCGAUGAAAGCGGCAACCUUAAGGUAACAGCAGAUCUCUUCUAUCAACCGGGCAUCUUCUCAGACAAAAAUGUCGAAUCGGGAACUGGCCCAAGUUUGUGGCCAGAUCGGAAAGCGAUUCCGUAUUACAUCAGCAGCGAAUUUGAUGUACCAGAACAGCAUGCGAUUCUUCAAGCUCUUCGUACCACGGAAAAAAUUACAGGAGGCUGUAUUUUUUUCAAGCCUAGAACCGACGAGAGUGACUUUAUCUACUUUCUCGGAAAUUUUCAGGACUUAUGCGACUCAAGCGUGGGAAGACGUGGAGGGUUGCAGUACAUUCAUUUGGCCCGCGCCGGAAUUUUUUCCACAAGAUCAUGUUUGGACACGGGAAGCAUCCAGCACGAGGUCAUGCACACUUUGGGCUUUUACCACGAGCAUGAACGCCCGGACCGUGAUCACUAUAUCAACAUACGCUACGACAACAUCCAGUUUGACCAAUACAAUAAUUUCGCUGUCGAAUCGUCCAUGUACACUUUCGGAGUCAAAUAUGACUACCAUUCCGUUGUGCAGUAUGAGGCCUUCGGUGAUCCCAUAAACCCUCUGAUCCCUGUGAUUGUACCAAAAACAGGUCUGGUUGUUCGUAUGGGACGAGAUAAGCGGAUGAGCCCGAGCGAUAUCGCUAAGAUUGCCUUGGCCUACAAAUGCCCGCUAACCAUUUUUCCCGGCAGCUUAACGGCCUCGGAAAGCCAAAACUUUCCAAAUUUCUCCCUUGAGCCGUUGACGGAAGACCAGUGUCAGCUGCAGUUCAACGCCUACUGCGCGUCUGACCUAACCACGCAGACAACCUGUGGAGAGCGAAAUUAUUUUCGUGUUGUCUGCCAGUCAGAUGCAGCGGUGCCGGUGCUGGAAAGUAUGGCCUUUGAUAUGGCCAAAGAUCUUUUACGACCGGCGUCCAUCCAGGUAGACGAACAAAUUAUCGACGAAUAUUUAUUUGCACCGAUUUCGACACAAGUCUUGAAGCUGCAGUUACGCAACUGCUUCACGGACCGCGUGACGCACAGACUCAACCAGCUGAACUUUGUUAAUUUAUUGCAUUUUGAACUUCACCACUGUCACGACCUGGUCGUCCAAAAAACAGACUUUAUGCUAACUCCACGGCUGCGAAUAAUAAUCCUUUACAACAGCACCGUCAGCGUCUUGGAGCCUGGCUCUUUUACGGAUUUGUCAGAACUGCGGGUUCUUUCCUUGGAAGCCUUAUCGGACAGCCAGAAAAACUACAAUUUCGAGCCGACCUAUCGUGAUUACUUGCGCCGUCUGCACUGCAGCUGUAAAUUUGCCGGAUAUCGAUCAUGGUGGCGAAGUAAUAAGCAACUGCGCUUAAGAGUGAAGAAGGAAGAAAUAUAUUCUUUCGAUGGGCCUACCUUUUCCCUCUUCAGUAACGAUGACUUUAACAAAGAAGACCUGUAUCAUCCCAUCAACUGUGAUGCUGAACCGUUCCCUCUCAGCACUGAGUGGAUCAACUAUUAUGCACACGUUGAAUACUCCAUCAACGACCCACAAUGUCGCCUAACUCCCACUGUAACAUCCACUGCAGCUCCAUAUACAACUCUGAUAGUAAAUCCCACUACAGCUUCCACUACAACACCCACUGCAGCUGCUCGUACAUACACAACUCUGAUAGUAAAUUCUACUACAACGACCGCCUCGGCGACUACUGACGCUGUUGUUCCCACAACGCUUUCACCGUGGAAAAUUCGGCCUUUAACACUGGCGCAAAAUAAAUUAAGCGCCGGAUCUGUCACGGGUAUCGUGCUUGGUGUACUUUUGGGCGUUUUGAUUGUGAGUGUGGGUACUGUGGCGGUAAUUGCGAAAGGGCGGUGUGCAGCUUGGUGGACAUCCUUGCGCAAUGGUGAAUCAAUAUGGAGAGCAUUUAGGAAUAGAAAAGCCAACGAGGACUACGGCGUCGCAUUUACUAAUGAAAUCAGCUCUUAAAAUAAAAGAACCCGUGGCGGCUUUAUCGCCAUGGGAUUGUACUUUUCCUUGGUGAAUACACAAAUGCUGCUUAAAUAUUACCCGGUUCUACGGCAAGCAAUUUUUUGACGUGCUUUAGACAUCGUCUGAGCACAACACGCCGUCUUUAGAACGGCAUGUUUCAGUAUACUUAUGGAGCCCCUUUUUAUGUACAUUUUCACGUCUAAAAUACCUGGUCUACGGAACUAUAUUAUGGCUUUUUGAAACUCAAAAAACACCCAUCCAAAGGACAUCUUUUGGAUGAAGAAUACAUGGGUGCUUUUUUCUCAAAUAGAACCGGGUUAUUCAAACUUCGCUUUCAGUUGAAUCCGAUGCUUUCACUAUUUUUCUACAAAUGUUUAUGGAGCUUGCUCAGCUUUGAUUUUACGUUCCUGACAACUUAAAUAAAAUCAUAAGUAAAAACUGUAUUAAAGUAGCCGAG